ACGGCGAGCGGGAGGAAAUGGCGGCGGCGGCGCCAGGCGGCACCGGGAGGCCUGGGCUGUGACGCGCGCGCCGGAGCGGGGUCCGAUGGUUCUCGAAGGCCCGCGGCGCCCCGUGCUGCAGGUUACCUAGGGUGUGAAUUAAUACAGACUUGGAAACUGAAAGAACUUAGAAUCAGCAUUUUGAGAGCAGAAGCUUGGGCAUGCUGUGAUUUUCCAAUAAACUGCUAUCACAAUGUCAAAAUGCAGCUCGGACAACAGCAGCACAGAGAUCUCAAACAUUAAAACGUAAGCUGCGCUAGAGCAAAAUGCAGUGAGAGAAGCACUGGAUGAAUGAAAGCCCUGCUUUGCAGCCCCUCAGCAUGGCGGGCCUGCAGCUCGUGACCCCUGCCUCCUCACCAAUGGGCCCUUUCUUUGGACUGCCAUGGCAACAAGAAGCAAUCCAUGAUAACAUUUAUACGCCAAGAAAAUACCAGGUGGAACUGCUCGAAGCAGCUCUGGAUCAUAACACCAUAGUCUGUUUAAACACUGGCUCAGGGAAGACGUUUAUUGCCGUACUACUCACUAAAGAGCUGUCCUAUCAGAUCAGGGGAGACUUCAACAGAAGCGGAAAAAGGACGGUGUUCUUGGUCAACUCUGCAAACCAGGUUGCUCCACAAGUGUCAGCUGUCAGAACUCAUUCAGAUCUCAAGGUUGGGGAAUACUCAAGCCUGGAAGUAAAUGCAGCUUGGACAAAAGAGAAAUGGAACCAAGAGUUUACUAAGCACCAGGUUCUUGUUAUGACCUGCUAUGUCGCCUUGAAUGUUUUGAAAAAUGGUUACUUAUCGCUGUCGGACAUUAACCUUUUGGUGUUUGAUGAGUGUCAUCUUGCGAUCCUAGACCACCCCUACCGAGAAAUUAUGAAGCUCUGUGAAAACUGUCCAUCGUGUCCUCGUAUCUUGGGACUGACUGCUUCCAUUUUAAAUGGGAAAUGCGACCCCGAGGAAUUGGAAGAAAAGAUUCAGAAGCUGGAGAAAAUCCUCAAGAGUAAUGCUGAGACCGCAACUGACCUGGUGGUCUUGGACAGAUACACUUCUCAACCGUGUGAGAUUGUGGUGGACUGUGGGCCGUUCACGGACCGAAGUGGCCUCUAUGGCAGGCUGCUGCUGGAGCUGGAGGAGGCGCUGAACUUUAUCAACGACUGUAACAUAUCUGUGCGUUCGAAAGAGAGAGAUUCGACUUCAAUUUCUAAGCAGAUACUGUCAGACUGUCGUGCCGUGUUGGUGGUCCUGGGCCCCUGGUGUGCAGAUAAGGUCGCUGGGAUGAUGGUCCGGGAGCUGCAGAAGUACAUCAAACACGAGCAAGAGGAGCUGCACAGGAAAUUCCUAUUGUUUACAGACACCUUCCUAAGGAAAAUCCAUGCACUAUGUGAAGAGCACUUCUCUCCUGCCUCACUUGACCUGAAAUUUGUAACUCCUAAAGUAAUAAAACUGCUCGAAAUCUUGCGCAAGUACAAACCGUAUGAGCGGCAGCAGUUCGAGAGCGUCGAGUGGUAUAAUAACAGGAAUCAGGAUAAUUACGUGUCCUGGAGUGAUUCUGAGGAUGAUGACGAGGACGAAGAGAUCGAAGAAAAAGAGAAGCCGGAGACCAACUUCCCGUCUCCGUUCACCAACAUCUUAUGCGGGAUCAUUUUUGUGGAAAGAAGAUACACAGCAGUUGUCUUAAACAGAUUGAUAAAGGAAGCUGGCAAACAAGAUCCAGAGCUGGCUUACAUCAGCAGCAAUUUUAUAACUGGACAUGGCAUUGGAAAGAAUCAGCCUCGUAACAAACAGAUGGAAGCAGAAUUCAGAAAACAGGAAGAGGUACUUAGGAAAUUUCGAGCACAUGAGACCAACCUGCUUAUUGCGACAAGCAUUGUGGAAGAGGGUGUUGACAUACCAAAAUGCAACUUGGUGGUUCGUUUUGAUUUACCCACAGAGUAUCGAUCCUAUGUUCAAUCUAAGGGACGAGCAAGGGCACCGAUCUCUAAUUACAUAAUGUUAGCAGAUACAGACAAAAUAAAAAGUUUUGAAGAAGACCUUAAAACAUACAAAGCUAUUGAAAAGAUCUUGAGAAACAAGUGUUCCAAGUCCGUUGAUGCGGGUGAGACUGACGUUGAUCCUGUCGUGGAUGAUGACGAUGUGUUCCCGCCAUAUGUGUUGAGGCCCGAUGACGGUGGUCCGCGAGUCACGAUCAACACGGCCAUUGGACACAUCAACAGAUACUGUGCUAGAUUACCAAGUGAUCCGUUUACUCAUCUAGCUCCUAAAUGUAGAACUCGAGAGUUGCCUGAUGGUACAUUUUAUUCAACUCUUUAUCUGCCAAUUAACUCACCUCUUCGAGCCUCCAUUGUUGGUCCGCCAAUGAGCUGUAUACGAUUGGCCGAAAGAGUUGUAGCUCUCAUUUGCUGUGAAAAACUGCACAAAAUUGGUGAACUGGAUGACCAUUUGAUGCCAGUUGGGAAAGAGACGGUUAAAUAUGAAGAAGAGCUCGAUUUACAUGACGAAGAAGAGACCAGCGUUCCAGGAAGACCAGGUUCCACAAAGCGAAGACAGUGCUACCCAAAGGCAAUUCCGGAAUGUUUGAGGGAUAGCUAUCCCAAACCCGAUCAGCCCUGUUACCUGUAUGUGAUAGGAAUGGUUCUGACGACACCCUUACCUGAUGAACUCAACUUCAGAAGGCGGAAGCUCUAUCCCCCUGAGGAUACCACCAGAUGCUUUGGAAUACUGACGGCCAAACCCAUACCUCAGAUCCCGCACUUUCCUGUGUACACGCGCUCCGGAGAGGUCACCAUAUCCAUUGAGUUGAAGAAGUCUGGUUUCACGUUGUCUCUCCAAAUGCUUGAGUUGAUCACAAGACUUCACCAGUAUAUAUUCUCUCAUAUUCUUCGGCUUGAAAAACCUGCACUAGAAUUUAAACCCACAGACGCUGAUUCAGCAUACUGUGUUCUACCUCUUAACGUUGUGAAUGACUCCAGCACUUUGGACAUUGACUUUAAAUUCAUGGAAGAUAUUGAGAAAUCUGAAGCUCGCAUAGGCAUUCCCAGCACAAAGUAUUCAAAAGAAACACCCUUUGUUUUUAAAUUAGAAGAUUACCAGGACGCAGUCAUCAUUCCGAGAUACCGUAAUUUUGAUCAGCCUCAUCGAUUUUAUGUAGCUGAUGUAUACACUGAUCUUACCCCACUGAGUAAAUUUCCUUCCCCUGAGUAUGAAACCUUUGCAGAAUAUUAUAAAACAAAGUAUAACCUUGAUCUGACCAAUCUCAACCAGCCACUGCUGGAUGUGGACCACACAUCUUCGAGACUUAAUCUUUUGACACCUCGCCAUUUGAAUCAGAAGGGGAAAGCCCUUCCUCUAAGCAGUGCUGAGAAGAGAAAAGCCAAGUGGGAAAGUCUGCAGAAUAAACAGAUCCUGGUUCCAGAGCUCUGUGCUAUACAUCCGAUUCCAGCAUCACUGUGGAGAAAAGCAGUCUGUCUCCCUAGCAUACUCUACCGCCUUCACUGCCUUCUGACCGCAGAGGAGCUAAGAGCCCAAACGGCCAGCGAUGCUGGCGUGGGAGUCCGAUCACUUCCCGUGGAUUUUAGAUACCCCAACCUAGACUUCGGGUGGAAGAAAUCUAUCGACAGCAAGUCCUUCAUCUCAAUUGCUAGCUCCUCUUGGGCUGAAAACGAUAAUUACUGUAAGCACAGCACAAUUGUAGUCCCUGAAAAUGCUGCACGUCAAGGUGCUACUAGAACCUCCUCUCUAGAAAAUCACGACCAAAUGUCUGUGAACUGCAGAACGCUCUUCGGUGAGUCACCCGGUAAGCUCCAGAUCGAAGCUUCGACAGAUCUCACGGCGACCAACGGUCUUUCGUACGAUAAAAACCUUGCCAAUGGCAGUUGCGAUUUAGCGAACAGAGACUUUUGCCAAGGAAAUCAGCUGAGUUACUACAAGCAGGAAAUACCUGUACAACCAACUACCUCAUAUCCCAUUCAGAAUUUAUACAGUUACGAGAACCAGCCCAAGCCCAGCGAUGAAUGUACUCUCCUGAGUAACAAAUACCUUGAUGGAAAUGCUAACACAUCUACCUCAGAUGGAAGUCCCGCAGCGGCCACGACGCCCGGUACUAACGAAGCUGUUCCCGCGCCCCGGGACGGGAGGGCUUCUGCGCAGAGCCCUUGUCCCGGCUACUCCUCGAGGACUCUUGGCCCGAACCCUGGACUCAUUCUGCAGGCUUUGACCCUUUCAAAUGCUAGCGAUGGGUUUAACCUGGAGCGGCUUGAAAUGCUUGGUGACUCCUUUCUAAAGCAUGCCAUCACCACGUACCUGUUUUGCACUUACCCCGACGCGCACGAGGGCCGCCUUUCCUAUAUGAGAAGCAAAAAGGUCAGCAACUGUAAUCUGUAUCGGCUUGGAAAAAAGAAGGGACUGCCCAGCCGCAUGGUGGUGUCCAUAUUUGAUCCCCCCGUGAAUUGGCUUCCUCCUGGUUAUGUAGUAAACCAAGACAAAAGUAAUACAGAUAAAUGGGAAAAAGAUGAAAUGAUUAUGCCUCCUAAAUAUGUGCUCUUCACAUCUUCUUUCUGACACGCGCGUCCCGGUUCCUGGGCUCAAAUAUUUCCAGGCCUGAUGCUCUGCGACCCUGUUUUGAUUUUUAUCUCUUCAUUGAGUAUAUUUUUAACUCGUGCAGUAUUUGAGAUGAUUUCAGUGUCUUACAGAAAUUGACCUCCUCUGGAGAAAAGCAUCAGAAUAUUUUAAUGCAAGUUGGGUUAGAAAAAUUAUAUUCGUUCCUGAUUUAGAAAUGAGUGGAACCUUAGAGGAAAAUAUGUAGAUUUUGAGAACUUUAGAGAAAAUAUUGCAUAUCUAUGAAAAACAUUCCAGUGAUAAUUAUUCUGCCUUGUAAGUAGGUUCAUAAUAUAAUCGGUUCUUUAAAAAAAAAUUAGCAUCAAGGUGACAUUGACAAGUCCCUUUGAUUAAAAAAAAUUUUGUUUUAAGUUAGAACAGACAUUUCUUAUUUUCCUUAACAUUUCUGAUGACCUGGCACCGUGACUUUUGGAAUAUAUUAAAGAUCCUGUUCGUAUUUUCACUUAGUAAUUUAUGCUUACUGAAACAGACACAGGAGAGCGUGUGCAUUCCUGCUUCACCCGCCUCGCUCCUCCCCACGUAGGUUUAAGAGAAACCUUUGCAUGCGAGUGCAGAAGGUAAUAACUCAGAAGGUUGACUUGAACUGGAAGCGAAAAGAGUUUUAUGCUGGCAUUUUUCUGAAGAGCCUGAAGUGUUCUUAUUUAGGGAGGUCGGACCCCGCUAUUUCGCAGAUGGAGAAACUGAAACCCAGGGGCAUUAAAGAACUUUGCUUUAUUUGUGAUAAAACCCAGUCUUUGGGGUUGGUGUGUGUAUAUUGCCAAUUUCAGACUAUAGGAGCAUCUUACCGAAGAUAUACGAAGAUUCUAUUUAACGAAACGUUUUUUCACUCUGAUUUUUUCUUUUAAUGGCAGUUUGCCUUUUUUUAGUGCAAGGACCAAACAGUAGUCAAAACAGCUCAUGUUACCUCGAAGAGUACAGGGCUUUUUGCAGGAAGUAGUUCCUAGAGGUCUGCCACUAUAGUUUUUUCUCAUAUUCUUCCGUAAUCUUGAAAACGUUUUAUAAACUUUUUUUAUUAAAAAAAAAAAAAAUUCAGGCAUGUUGUUGUAGAUACAUACACGUCUACAUUGGCUCACUACUCGUCUUUAUUUUCAAACAACUACACUGUUCCUUUUGAGUCCGACUUAAAAUGAAAUAUUUGUAGUAUUUAAAAAAUACUUGACAAGGUUUGAAAACUUUUGUCAGGAGAUCUCUGGAAAGUUGUUGCUAUCAAAAUUGAAGCAAACUCUCCUGCCUUUCGCCCCAAAGGAAAGGAAAGUCUUUUUAUUUUAUUUUUUUUAUUUCUUGCGCAACAGAAAUUUGGCAUCUCCUAGCAUUGCAAAAAAGUUACAUCAUUACUGAAUCCUAGCCCAUUAUUAAGGUUGUCAUUCACAAAUAAGCUUUUGCCAAAGAAAUUGGAAUUAGCAAAGAUCUUCUGACAGAAAUUGGAUUGUUGUGUUUCAUGUUAGUCUAAAUUUUCUUCUGUUUUUGUCAGUUAUGCUAUAAUCUGUUCCUCUGAUUACUGUAGCACGGUGGAGGGGAAAAGCAUAAUUUCCCAAAUUCGUAGCUUAGUUCAGUGAUCACUUUUAGUUUUCAAGCAGAGCAAUCCAGUUUUACAUUAUAGCAAAUGUACUUUGAUUUGCAGUGGAAAGCGGGGACAGAACUUUCCCAUGAACCCCUAUUGCCCAUUUUUAAUAUUCUACAGAUUUUUAAAGCAGUUGAUCUUUUUUCAUGUAUUUAUACUCUUCGUUGCACAGAUAAUGCUUUCUCUGCAUCUGGACUUUGAUUUUAUUAAUUUGAAAAUCUUUUCGAAACAUUUUAAAACUUUGUCAGCAAAAUUGAAGACCUCUGUGAUCGGCAU